AAAACAUGCACAUAUUUAGUGGGUGAAUUGUUGAAAAACUUGUGAAUCUUUUUUAUGAAUAGACUUUCUAUAGAAGGUCUGCGAGUGCGACAUAAGUGCUGUGACAAUUUGACUGUCAAUGAGGUUAGUUUUCUAAGCUGAACCCGCACAGAGUAUGGCGAUCACUGAAUCCGUUACCCCCAGAAAAAACUCGUGAAUAAACCGUAAGCAAGACGAUCUAGUUCGGGUGGAGCUAAUACGCUACGAUUCAACUGAUGAUUAACAUAUUUAACAUAUAAAUAAUUUCACAUGAAUAAAUGUAUCACCAGCAGUCCUUAAGUCCUUAACAACAACAAAUUUGUUCCCUACUACAUUUGCUGAUGCAAAUGAUCUCUGCUAAGGAAAUCUUGCUAGGUGCCAUCAAACCCGCAUAACCUCUUGCCGGAUGGACAACUUUGGACAGUAACAAACAGUGAUGAUCAAGGCGGGCGAGCUGUACGUAGUCUGUUGAACAAUAGGAAGCCCAGCCGCCUCGUAGUGAUGUCCCUCCACACGGACCCCAUCCCGCAGCUCGGCGAGCUUCUGGAACGGAUUGUUGCCAACGACACCGGCGACCUGAGCUUGGUUGACCUGAGCUACUUCUGGAGAUUCUGGCUCAGCUCCCUGUACGGCUCCCCAUACAACGUCUUCAACUACAUGAGGCAGCGACAGCGCGAGCCCCGCAUGUUCGGCCUUCGCUUUGAAGAUUCGCGUGCCCUUGAUUACUGUAUAGAAAAUGAACUGCCUGCAUGUGAAGAUGUUUGCUGCGUCCAAGGAGUGCCACACGACCUUGGCACUAGACUUAAGGAUCUUGGUUGGAAAAUAAGCCGCUGGCACUUCCCUCACCUACGAAACUGUGACUUGGAUUGGGUGUGCAAAAUCCUAGAACCCUUCAAAGAUUGCAGAAAAUUCUGUUUCACCCUCUCGGACGGUCUGUUGUUUCAUACAUUUUCUUGGAAUCAAACCCUGAACUUCAGUCUGGUCAUUCCGAGCGACCGCCUCACCGGGUCGGGCAGUCGGCGGCUGGUUGAGAUGGUGCCUAACGCAAAAUACAUUUACUGCGACCCGCGCCCUAAACUUCCGACCUCUUCUUCUUCACAAACCUCGACGUCGACUGAAGAUGCGGUGCCUCAGGGGUGCCUUUCACGAGCAAAAUUCACUGAAUUGACCACCGACAUAAUCCUUCAGUGGGUGAAUAAUGCGGCGAGUGAGUAAGUGCCAGACUCUGGUAAACCAAGCCUUAUGUUUGCUUGCAUAUGUUCCAACAUAUAUGCAAUACAUUGGUUUUAAUGGUCCAAUCAUUGCUUGACUAGCAUAGUCAAUAAUGAACAGGUAAUUAUUCAAAUUAUUCAAAGACCUAGAAGUCGUGUGCCGAUUGCUAGCUCCAUCAUUUUGAGUAUUCGAAUGCAGGCUCUAACAAACUUAUAGGGAUAAUGAACGAUAAGAAAUUUCAAUUUCAUCUUCUCUAGUUUCAAAACUUAACAGAAAUCAUUUGAUAACCUGACAUCAGCACAUCCCUGUUUUGAUUAAACGCUUCUGGUAAAAUAAAUUUGUGUUACGAGACAAAUGUUCUGAAAAAACAAUUGAAGCUUUCCAUCUGUGUAUCAGGUGAAAGAAGAUUAUUAUCUUCAAUAUGAGAUUCAUAUUAAUUGGAAACGUGUUAAGCCUAUAUAGAUCCUCUAUGACUGAAAGUAUGAGGCAGUAUACUUUCAAUCGUGUACCCAAUGUAAUUAGUUACUGGAUUAGUCACACUGAUAUGGAAGAUGUGAAUUCGGUUUUUGAUUAUUUUUGUGUUCUAUGAAGAUUUUCUGUUGAUGUAAUGUCAACUUUGUUUAAAACUUAUUAGAAUUAAAUGAGCAAGUUUCUCCUUAAGUCCCAGUGAUAACAUGCGAUAAUUUUUUCGCAUUCACGUGGGUUUUGAUAAGUUUGUCUAUUAAAGUGUGUUUCGAAAC